UCCAAUCGUGUUUUUAUUGACAACAACCCCUCUCUUACAACUUCUCUGUCGUUUUUGUGCACUGAAACCUUUAAAUUUCGCAAUUUCCCUGCGGUGCGGGGAAAGAGAAUAUCACCUGUCGGUGCUAAAUGAUCACUGAGUCUGACGCAAAAAGUCAUAUGAAGACUUUCCCACAGGCAGCACUGAACGACUGAAAAACUAUUAAACUGAUAAAAUAGCCUACUAAGGAGGCAGAAUAGGAGGUUGCUGCAAUUUUUCAAGAAUCAUGACCUCCAGCUCCUUGGGCAGAAGGCUGGUGGCCUGUCUUCUCAACGUGUCUGAGGCUCGUCAUAAGGACCUGGUGGAGACUGUGGCCAAGGCAGCUUUAUACAGCACUGAAGGUGUCAGGCGAGAGGAGACCACAGUGCUGAACAUCUUCAACGACCAUGACUACAACCGCUCUGUCAUCACCAUUGUGUCCAGCAUCGACUCCAUCAGGGAGUCUGUUCUCUCUGCCUGUGAGAGAGCCUGCGGCCUGAUCGACAUGCGUGCUCACAUCGGGGUUCACCCGUGUAUGGGUGCUGUGGACCUCAUCCCCAUCUACCCACUGGGGGACGAGGUGGGGGUGGAGGAUUGUGCUAAAGAGGCUCGAGCUGUGGCUCAGGGACUCACAGAGCGGGUCCAGGGCACCAGCGUCUUCCUGUUUGGCUGGGCGGACUCCCCCCUGCAGAGGGGGCUGGCAUACAGGAGGAAGGAGAUGGGCUGGUUCAAGAAGACACCAGACCUGCAGGUGAUCAGGCCUGACGUUGGGCCGCAGCCACAGAGACAGUUUGGUGUCACAGGUGUUGGUGCCAGUCCCUACGUCAUGAACUGUAACGUCACCAUUGACACCCAGGACAUCGCCAUGGGACGCAGCAUCGCCUCAGCCAUCAGGGAGUCAACCCCAGGGGGUCUGCCUGGGGUGCAGGUACUGGCUCUGCCACAUGAGGGCGCAGUGGAAAUUGCCUGUAAUGUGGAAAGCAUUAAGGGGAGCCCACCUGCUAAAAUGAACACAACUAAACAGUGGCCUUCUUUCAGCAUUGAUGGCCAACCGUACUGUCACGCUCCAGCAGCCCUCAUCACAGCGAGGGUCGCAGAGCUGGCGGGGAAACAGGGGGUUAGAGUGAAGGGCACUGCACUGGUGGGGUUUACCCCCCGUGAGUGCAGGGGCCUUGCAGAGUUAGCUUUGUCUCAAGGGAUCGCGGAGUUCUGGAAAGAGCAGCGAAGGAUCCGUAUGUAAAGAGCAAUCCUCAAUAUGUGAUGCCACUGAAAUAAACAGGUGAACCUGUUGCAUAUGAAGUGUGCCCCCAUGUACCUACCUAGGUAACCAUGUUCAGCUUUACAUUUGAAGGAAAUUUCAGGCUAAGGACAACUUUCAAGUUUAGACCAUUUUUUGAGGUGGGAUAUGUGACUUUUAUAAACAUGUCCAGUAGAUGUUCAACUUUAGCACCAAUCUCUCAGACCAAAACAAUCCACACCUCUUCUCCACCACCAGAAUUCUCACCCAAGUGUUUUGAGCCAAACUAAGUCUUUCUUUGGUUUAAGUCCACUGGUGAUCUUUUUCUGCAUUUCCACCUUGCAGUCAGGCUAGUUCACAAUGUUGUGCAAUUUUUUGCUUUUCUACUGUCAAAGGUUUCAAAAGGUACCAAAAUAAUAAAUCUGUACUUUCUUACUUUUUUGGAAUCCUUCUAUUGGGCUGCUGAGCAGAGCUGCUUGAUUAUGGCAAAUUUCAUAAUCCUGAUUAUUUUGAUAUCCAGCCAUUCAUAUUUUUCUGCUUAUCCGGGGCUGGGUUGAAAGGGUAGCAGGCUGACCAAGUCAACCCAGACAUCCCUCUCCCCAACGACAAUUUCCAACUCUCUCUCUGCGACAUCCUGAGGUGUUUCCCACCCAGAUGAGAUACUAUAUAAUCUCCUUUCAGCUGAAUAUGCCCGAAAGAACUCCAAAGGGAGGUGCCCAUAAAAGUUUGAGAGUGAAUUAAAACUGUCUUGGUAUUGUAUUUCAGAGAAAUAUCUUUUAAAGGUGCAAAUAGAAUAUAUAAAUAAAGAUUGUUACCUAUUAAUGGAAGAGACUCAAGCAAAACCUUUAUACUUAUUCAGAAAGCAGAACAAUUUGAAGACAUUCAUGCUUUGCUGCAAUAAAGCAACCACACAUAAGUUUCACAAAUUCCAUAACCUAAUUUUUAGCCCAUCAUUUGGAGGGGCAGGGUUGUGUUUGAGUGGCAGGGUACUGAAAUUAAAGCAUCCAAAUCUGUGCUGCAUUUUGGUAUGAUGGAUUUUGAUACUCAUCCCUAGUCUUUAUACCUGCUUAGAUCCCUGCUCACCAAGUAAGAGGCUGUCGAAAUUUCCUGUACCAAACCAUUGCAAACUUCCCUGAACCAAACUGGACCGCCUGGUGGAAAUGCAUCUUUUGAACUGUACUUUUGUGACUAAAGUCACAUUCUGCCUCCAUAAACAGUGUUUUUGAGUGAGCAUUAUCACCUCCUGGUGUUAAGACUAACAGCUUUAGGGGAAGGGAUUCACAUAAAACAAAAAAAAUGUUUGAGCCUCCGACUGAAACAUAAACGAUCUAAAGGAAGCCCUCCUCCUUUAGUGUGAAUACAGAGCAGAGAACAACAAACCUAGAGAGUGUUUGACUUCACUGAUUCUCUUAGAGAACCUUAAUAAUAUUUACUGAACUAAACAAAGGAUACUUGUGCCUUAAAAAAUCAGGAUUAGUGCUCAGUAAAGAAACCUCUAAUCCCACUUACGCCCUUAUGCCCUACUGAACAGUUAUGUAACGCACCACACCACAUGGCCCCACAGAGCAUCGCCUCCCCCAACAGGCUCGGGCUGCUGUUAUGCACAGUAUUGUAGUUUGGUUAGAUUUGGACUUCAUCUCAGUUCUUCAAAAGCUGUCUCCUCUCUCCUCGCUCCUACUUGAACCAGAAGUCGUUCCUGACCUGCCGUGUUAGGAGUCAUUCAAAAGCUCUUUACAGAGUGAUAGGAAAGAAUGCACAGAAGCUGUUUUAUGGAUGGACAUCUUUCUUCUUUGAUACCUCUCACUGACUGGACACUGCAGCGGAGUGGACUUCUAUUAAACUUCACAACAUCAUCGGAGAUGAGCAAUGGAGAAAGUACAAACACUAAAUGGACCUUUGAACAGAUAAUACAGGUGUAUCUUGAAAUAAAAAAUAUAUAUAUAUAAUAAAGUAAUUAUUUUCAAAAUGGUUUUUCCUCCUAUCACUACAUGCAGUUUAAUAUGCAGUGGUAGAAAUUUCUUUUUUUUUUUACCAAAAAAGCUCAUCCAUUGCACACAGAAGUAGGAAUGGAGAUUGAAACCCUGUUCCGUAAGGACCUAGUUCUGCAUAUGUCCGACCUCUCGAAACUAAAACCUUUUAGCUUAUCAUAAGCUAAACAUCAAAGCACAUUAGCAUUGUGCAGGAAAUUAAACUUAAAUGUGAUACCUUCAACUACAUGUUUGAAAGAGUAACUGGUGUUGGAUGAACAGGUGACAACCUGGUGUUAAAAGUUCACCUACAUUGCACACUUCCCAGUAAGAAUUUAUCAGUGCCUUUGGAGACACUGACAUAGUGGACAAGAGUUUGCAUUGUCACAAAGUAGGUUUAAAGAGAUACAUAUUAGAAAAGAAUAUAUAAGAGACUUUGAAGAUGACUAUUUAAAACAAUACAAUCAGUGGUGGCUUGUUAAUUGCACUUUGUGACUCCACAAAAGCCAUCUCCGAGUUAUGUUAAUGUCUGAACACUAAGCCUAUGCAUUGAACUUCUCACUUUAUGAAAUAAAAACAGUUUUAGUUUCAUGUUACAGGAUUUUGAGGGUUUUGUUGGACCCCAAAAGAUUUUCGGCCUUCAAAAAUGGGACUUGGACAAGCCAAAGUUUGGAAAAGGCUGCACCAAACAAUAGAAAAGUGUUGAUAGAGACCCUAAAUGAUAAAGAGCAUCAAUAAGUGCAUCAGUAUCUCUAAAAAUGAACAAUCCCCAUUCCUGCACAGAAGUGGAUGUAAUUGUAUUUUUUAAUAACAAGCGGAACGAUUGUUGCAUCUGUUUGUUAAAUCUCCUCUGAGGAGAUUUUAGCUGGUUAUAAAACAGACUGAAAUUGUUAUAUAACACACGAAAGCAAACAAGGGCAUCAGUCAGAAAACUGACCUUUUUGUCUUAAUUUUUCAUCCUGAUCUGAAAUAUCUCUUGGGUUUGAAUAAAUUUAUGACUAACUGCA